AUGGCAAGAAUCAAUUCCUGGACAACAAAAAAGUUAUCUUAUGCAGGAAGAGCUCAACUAGUCAAGACUGUAUUGUUUGGAGUGCAGACUUACUGGGCACAGUUGUUUAUAAUUCCAGCAAAGAUAAUCAAGUUGAUUGAAGGUUUAUGCAAAAGCUAUCUAUGGUCAGGGGUGAGCCAUGUAACAAAGAAGGCCUUAGUUGCUUGGGAUAAAGUGUGCUGCCCUAAGUAUGAAGGUGGAUUAGGAUUGCUUAAUAUAAAAAUAUGGAACAGGGCUGCAAUAACUAAGCUAUGCUGGGAUCUAGAAAACAAAGCUGAUAAGCUGUGGAUUAAAUGGAUACAUGCCUACUAUAUAAAAGGACAGAGAGAAUGGAGGAUGAGUAACAAUGCAAGCUGGAUGGUAAAGAAAAUAAUGAAUGCAAAGAUUCUAGUUGAUCAAGUACAACAACUACCAAGCAGACGGAAAGGAGUGCUCAGGCAAAUCUACUAUCACUUGAAAGAAAUGAAGCAAAGACUAGCCUGGACAUGUCUUAUGUACAGGAAUGCAGCAAGACCAAAAGCAUAUAUCAUAAUAUGGAUUAUGAUGCAUCAAAAGCUGUCAACUGUUGAUAAAGUAGUGCAAUGGGGAAUUGAAGAAGGGAAAGAAUGUGUUCUAUGUAAGAAUGCUGAAAAGUCUGCAGAGCACUUGUUUCUGCAUUACCAAUAUGCAAGGAAGGUGUGGAAGAGAAUACUGGAAAGUAUAGGUCAACAUAGCACUGUUCCAUUGGUGUGGGAACAAUUUCAGAACUGGUGUAUUCAGAAUGGGAAAGGAAAAAGAGCUACAACUCAAAGGUUCAAGACUGUGCUGACAGAAGGAAUUUAUAGGCUAUGGAUAGAGAGAAACAACAGAAUAUUUGAAAACAAGAGCAAAAAGGAAGAGAAUAUAGCAAAAGAAAUUGUUUGUGUAACUAUGGCUAGGAUUUCCUUUAAAAAUUCAAAGAUGUAA